GAAUAAUAAAUAAAUGAAUAAAUAAUUCUAAUUCCUCUAUUCCUCCUCACUCCCUCCAAAUCCAAAUCCAAAUCCCUAUUUAUACCCCCACCUCCACUCCUCACUCCAAAUCACUCUUCCUCCCCCCACAAUUCCCCUGCAAUGUCUUCCAAACCCUUCUCCCUCCUCCUCCUCCUCCUCCUGCUUCUCUCCACCGCAAUUCUCCUCCGCUGCGCGGCGGGGGCAGGCGCAGCUGCGGCGGCGCAGCGCGGGGCGUUCGCAUGCGCGGCAGGGGGGCCGGGGGCGGGGAUGCGGUUCUGCGACGCGUGGGCGCCGGUGCGGGAGCGCGCGCGGGACCUGGUGGCGCGGCUGACGCGGGCGGAGAAGGUGCGGCUGCUCGGCGACGGCGCGGCGGCCGUGCCGCGGCUGGGGAUCGCAAAGUACGAGUGGUGGUCGGAGGCGCUCCACGGCGUCGCCAACACGGGUCCCGGGGUCCGCUUCGGCGGCGCCUUCCCCGGCGCCACCAGCUUCCCCCAGGUCAUCACCUCCGCCGCCUCCUUCAACGCCUCCCUCUGGCAGCUCAUCGGCACGGUCGUGUCGGAUGAGGCACGUGCGAUGUACAACGCGGGUCAGGCGGGACUAACGAUGUGGAGUCCGAAUGUGAACAUCUUCAGGGACCCGCGGUGGGGCCGCGGCCAGGAGACCCCCGGCGAGGACCCCCUCGUUGCUGCGCAGUACGCAGCCGUGUACGUGCGCGGCCUCCAGCAGCCCUACGGCGGUUCCCCCGGGCACAGCCGGCUCAAGCUCGCCGCCUGCUGCAAGCACUACACCGCCUACGACCUCGACAACUGGAAGGGCCACAAUCGCUACCAGUUCAACGCCAUAGUGAGCAAGCAAGAUUUGGAGGACACAUUCAAUGUGCCGUUCAAGGCGUGCGUGGAGGAAGGGCAGGUGGCGAGCGUGAUGUGCUCGUACAACCAAAUCAACGGCGUGCCCUCCUGCGCCGACCCCAACCUCCUCAGCGGCACCGUCCGCGGCCUGUGGGGCCUCGACGGAUAAAUUGUCUCGGAUUGCGACUCUGUAGGUGUUUUAUACGGUGCUCAACGUUUCACCCACACCCCAGAAGAUGCAGUGGCUGUUACGCUCAAAGCAGGAUUGGAUCUGGACUGUGGGCCUUUCUUGAGCAAGCACGCGGAAAGCGCGGUGCAGCAGGGGAAGAUCAGCGACGCCAACAUCGACGCGGCCCUGAUCCACACCGUCAUGGUCCAAAUGAGGCUAGGGAUGUUCGACGGCGAGCCGUCGAAGCAGCCCUUCGGAAACCUCGGCCCGCGGGACGUCUGCACCCAGGCCCACCAGGACCUGGCCCUGCAAGCGGCCCGGCAAGGGAUCGUGCUGCUCGACAACGACCGAGGAAUUCUGCCUCUCUCUCGAGAUCGCGUCUGGACCGUCGCUGUCGUCGGCCCGAACUCCGACGCCACCCUCACGAUGAUCGGAAAUUAUGCCGGUAAUCCAUGUAGGUUCACAAGCCCUCUGCAAGGGAUUGGGCGAUACGUGAACACAAUUCACCAAAAGGGUUGCACCAAUGUGGCCUGUGUAGGGAACCAGCCCAUCGAGGCGGCGGCGGGCGCGGCCCGCGUCGCCGACGCGACGAUCAUGAUUGUGGGCCUCGAUCAGUCCGCAGAGACCGAGGCGUUGGACCGGGUGUCGCUCCUCCUCCCGGGCCGGCAACAGGAGCUGGUGUCGAAGGUGGCGGCGGCGGCGCGGGGGCCGGUCGUCCUGGUCCUCAUGUGCGGCGGGCCCGUGGACGUGACGUUCGCGAAGAACGACCCGAAGAUCGGCGCGAUUCUUUGGGCCGGGUACCCGGGCCAGGCCGGAGGCGCGGCGAUCGCCGACGUUAUAUUUGGCGCCUACAAUCCAAGUGGUAAGCUCCCAGUGACGUGGUACCCCGAAGAGUACGUGGAUACGGUUCCUAUGACCGAUAUGGCGAUGCGACCCGACCCGGCCCGGGGCUACCCGGGCCGGUCGUACCGGUUCUACACCGGUCCAGUGGUCUACCCCUUCGGCCACGGACUCAGCUACACCCGGUUCGCCCAGUCGCUCGCUGAACCGCCUCCGGCCUUGCUCGCCGUCCCGGUCCGGGGCCGUCCCCGGCUCAACUCGACCGGGCCGGGCUGGGCGGCGGUCCGGGUGGACCGCGCGCGGUGCGAGGGCCUCGUGAUCCCGGUCCACGUGGACGUGGCGAACGUGGGGGGCCGCGACGGGGCCCACACGGUGCUCGUGUAUUCGAGGCCCCCGCCACGUGGCGGGUCGGCGCCCGGGAAGCAGCUCGUGGCGUUCGAGAAGGUACACGUGGCGGCCGGGGGGAGGGUCCGCGUGGAGGUGGGCGUCGACGUGUGCCGGGACAUGAGCUUCGCUGACGUCAGCGGGGUGCGGAGGAUCCCGAUCGGCGAUCACAGCAUCCAGAUCGGCGAUUUGCUGCACUCCGUCUCGCUAACGGUCCAAGCCCACGUCUAAAAAACGUCCCCUCGACAUUUUAGAAAUUACGCAUUGGUCCUCCAUUUAUUAUUAUAGGAACUACGAAUUAUUAUUUCAAUUUGGGAACCAGGAAAAAAAAAAUGUUAGGGGGAGAGUCGCAAGAGUCUCUCGUUUGAAAACAGGAAAGAAAAGGGCAAAUUAUGACUGUAUUGAUGUAUUGAUUCAGGCACUGAGAAUUAUAUUGGGGGGAGAUCAAAUGAAAUUAAUUAUGAAA